UGGAUACCACCGGCAAGCCCCUGGGGCCUUAUUGAGGAGGUGUUAUACGACAACCCGUGGCGGCUGCUGGUGGCUUGUAUCCUGCUUAACAAGACAACCGGCCGGCAGGUACGGCAGGUUCUCGGGCCUCUGUGGCGGUCGUACCCCACUCCGGAGGCCAUGGCGGCGGCCGACCCACGAGUUGUGGAGGACAUUCUGCGGCCGCUGGGUCUGCAGGUGAGGCGAGCUGAAAGGUUGGUUCGCUUCAGUGAGGAGUUCCUGAGCAGGCAGUGGACCUGCCCCACACAGCUGUACGGCGUGGGCAGGUACGCGGCAGAUGCAUACCUCAUCUUCUGCAAGGGGAGAUGGCGGGAAGUGCAGCCAGCUGAUAAGGACCUGCGGAGGUACCGGGACUGGCUG